AUUUGCUGUCAACUUUCAAUUCCCUUGAUUCCUUGUUCGAUUCAAUGAGUUUAUUUGCGUGUAUGUAGUGUCGUCAUUUUAAAUUGAAUUAGAAAGCAAGCAAAUCUCUGAAAGCGCGCUUUAUAUUUUUUAUGAUGUUAAAGUUGACCUAACAUAACAAAGUGCUAUUUGAAUACCCGAUCAUUAGACUAGUUAUGCAUCACCAUCGCAGCAUUCGAAGGUUCGGAAGGAAUUCGCUUUCGUAAUAUUGUUACUGGAUAAUUAGGCAAGAAGAAAAUGUAUGGCAUCAAUGGAACGGAUUAUCCACCUGUUACGGAGGACACCUUUUGUAAAUACAUUUUGUACUAUGAAAUAAAUAAUUCGAGGGUCCGUAUAUGGGAUUUGAUAAUUUUGAUACCAAAUGCUUUAUUUGUGCUAUUCUUAGUGGUGAGAUUUAACAAAGCUCAGUUGAAGUUACGUGCUACUAGUAGUCCUAUAUUUUUAACUUUUUAUGCAUUGGUUUGGGGAAAUGUGAUCAUAAGCUUGGUGCGAUGUGCGGUAUCAAUGACAGUUAAUGCAGCUAUGCCAGUGGGGGGGCUGGUGGAUAAAGUAUUGUGGGUCACUGUCAGAUUCUUUCUGUUAGCUACAGAGAUGAGCGUUGUUAUAUUUGGUUUGGCUUUUGGUCACUUAGACAGCCGCAGCAGUAUCAGAUAUGUGCUCCUAGCUACAUCACUCUUAUCCCUGGCUUUCACUAUAACACAAGGCACCCUGGAAAUAGUAAUGCCAGAUGAUAUGUUCCACAUUGAUACGAGGGAUUAUAAUCUGUUUGGACAUGGUGGAAUGCUGUUUUGGUUUACAUCAUCUUUGGUGUUUGCUCUCAUCUAUUUCGUCAUAUUAUUAUUGCCUUGGAUUCCAUUGAGAGACUAUUUGGCUUUACCUACCAAACUCUCUUUCUACUUGUACGUGCUACUGCUUGCACUUCUCAACAUAACUCAAGCAGUGGGCGCAGGGCUUCUGGCGUGGGGCUCUAUGCAGUCAGGUCUUUGUGUAGUAGAUGUAACCACUUGGCUGUAUUUCUCUUUAUAUACGCCACUUGUCUACCACACAUUCCUCAGCGAGUUCUUCAGUGUUUCGCAGCCAAGUAUAAUGUUCUCGUACAAGGCUCAAAUGGACGAACCCAUGGACGACGAUCAAGUGUCACUGCCGCAUCAGCAAAGUUUCAGUUCACUCAAGACGGAUUCUGAUUACAUUUACCAGCAGAGUAAUAGCGUGUAUGACAGUACGCUUUUUGAAGCGGAAGGUACAACACCAAUGAACCCAGUCUACAGCGCAUCACUCCAAAGUCCCGACUCGAUAGCAUCUGGUCAAUCUAUAGAAAUUGGAGUACCAGGCUUUCAUAGCCAAAACAUGCCAUCGACAUAACAAUGGUAAUGAUAGUAAAUAUAAACAUCCAAAGAAAAACAGUAUAGAACUACCUACAUAUUUAUAAUAGAGUAUACUUAAAAAAGCAUUAGGGCUACAUAAAAUAUAGGUAUUGGUUAUGUCUAUUAGAAUCUCAAUAUAACAUGUUUUAAGUUAUUCUACCUAUUCACACCAAGUGUUGUGCUGCUUACUUUGUGAUAGUUGAAGCCAGUGAUCAAAUCAUCUCUUAAGACUGUUUUCAUCCUAUUUCUCUCUUAAAUAUAGUGUCUAUUUGUAAUGGAUCCAUCCACUAAUCUGACAUUAGAUUAUAUUAAAAGCUACAUUAUGUAAAUAGUUGCGAAAUCGUAAGGUUAAUUAUUUCUAUAUUCACAUUUUAUUUUAAUGUAGAAUAAUAAACUAACAAAAUAAUAAUUAUAAUAAUAAAAAGUGCACUAAGCAAUGAACAAUUUAUAGUUAGUGUUAUGUAAUGUGGUUUCUCCCUUAAGAUUCUGAGCCUAGCUGGUUUUUAACUAGUUUUUUUUUUUUAAUUUUUGAAAGCACUAAUCCAAUAGUCAUGUAAAAAAGUAAGACAUUAUUAAACUGGAUUUGUAGAUCAGAAUAGUGUAUAAAAUACUUAAAUAAAUUUACCAAAAAAAAAAAAAUUGAUUUUGAUAAUGUAAAAAAAAAAAAAAUAUUAACUAGAUGGAUAAUAAUGUACUUAUUUGUGCUAAUUAAUUAGCAAACAUAUUUAAUGAUAAGUAUCAGAAUUAUUUAUUACAUCCAUAAUGUACAUACUACAAGUGAUAAUUUAUAAUAAUUAAUUGUACUGUUUAUGAAAUAACCAGAGAUUUCCUUGCAGACACUAUAUAAUGGGCAACUGCAAUAGAUGUUCUUAUGUAAAAAUUUUUAGCAUUAUCAAAAUCAAUAUUUUGGUAAAUAGUAAUUGAAGUGAAAGAUAUUUUAAUAUUGUCCAUGUUAUUGAAAGGGAUGAAUAGAGAAUAAUAAUAUCUUAAUAUAAUGUUUGUAUAGUUAUUUUACAACUUUCUAUUAAUAUGUCUUUAUUUUAAUUGUAAUCACCACCGACAGAAAGUUUAAUAUCAAUUGUUAAAAAUGUUUUACCAGCUGUAUUUUAUAAAUUCCGUAUUUUGUAGCACUUCAAGACAAAUCAUUACAAAUAUAGGCGAAUAAUGAAAUCGUUGGCUCUAAACUUGUGCAAAACGAGGUAUUAACAGAUUAUAUUAUUGAUUACAAUUAUUGGUGCAUUCCUUUUUUAUUAUUAAAUCAGAAUAAUGCACAUUAAAACUCUAUUUGUACAUACAGUGGUUAAAUUUUAGCUCAGAUAAACACAUGAAAAAUCGUAACAGAUUAUAUCCUAGCUUGUAAAAAUUAUAAGGAUUACAUAUUUCAUCAUUAAAAAAACAUUUGUAACGUCAACAAAUAGUACUUACAUGCAUACAUAUUGUAUUAGGGUUUCUAUUUCAUAUGUUACAAGUUUUACAGAAAUGUUGCCAAAAUUCUUAGACAUAAAUAUUUGAAUAUUAUCAACGAAUAUAUUUUUCAUAUCGUUUUGCUACCUCACUGAGUUCUUAAUAAACAUAUCUGAAUUUCUUGUAUUUAACUUUAUAGUUAAAUUCAAUCAUUAAGACACAUUUGUGUUUAUUCUUUUCGUACAUUUUAGAAAUGGAAUUACUUUAACAGUAUUUAUAUAAUCUUUUUACAAGUAUUACGUACCUAUAUGCAGGUAUACCUAUAUUAUUGAAAACUGGAUUUUGCGUAGUUUGCUAAUUAAACGACGUGCUAUAGAUAUUUUAUUAUAAGCGUAAAUGUAAUAUUUGCGGCGACCGUAUGUAAUAAAACUAAAAGUAAAUAACCAACCACUGUGGAGCUUACGCCCCUAUAGCCGUAUCUGUAAAGAAUUGGUUUGGCUAUUUGGUUUUUGUUUUGUUAGAUUUUGUUGCUGUCUUUAAAGUCUGUUAAGACAGUGUUAUUUUUUUAAUACAAUACUAAAACAUUAUUGUAUAUAUUCGUAUACUUAGUUAAAUAUGUAAUUAUUGUACUGUGAUGGUUUACCCACUUAUUACUUUGUUGUUGUUUUUAUAUUUUCUAUAUUAAUUUUUAUUUUGCAAAGUAGUUUGCAAGACUAGUCUGAAGAAGCUUACAACAGUGGAGCGAAGCCAGAUUUAAGUAUAAAUAUUGUACUGUUUUUUAUUUGCCAUUUGUAAGUUCCGUGUAAAGAUUUUGUGAUUAUUUUCUAGACUGGCAAUUACUUUUAUGUUAAAAACAUAAUUUGCAGGCAUUGCUGUACCUAUGUCAAUUGAAUUCUUGCUGGCUAACCCUAAUUAAUGAUUAUGACUAUUGUCAAUUUUUCCUUUGUAAAUUGUGAUAAUUCACAUAUGUCCAUGUGAAAGCAUAGUGAUAUUUUGGUUGAAGGCAUAUAUUUUUGUUGUUUUGUCUCUUAGGCAACAUAAAAUGGAAUACUUCUA